AUGACUCACAAUUCAGAGCUCAGCGGAAGACCCCACAUUGCUCGUUUGAAUGUUCGCUUAGAACCAACUCCUUUCGGUCACAUCCAUAUGAUCACUCGGCUACAGAGAACUGCAACUAAGAAACUGGACUCACCUUCUCCCGGACCUCAGCUGAACAAAAGAUACCUAAGGCCAAGAGCCAUAUGGAAUCGCGCCUGCGCAGGAGGCUGCGUGCUUCGGACCCCACGUUCUGGGCUAAGACUGUGGACCGGCAGCUGCACUGAAGUGAGGGAAUGGCUCCGUGCUUUCCAGAGUAGCCAGAGGAAUUGUUUGCAGUGCCUGGGAGGUGGAAUCAGCACAGAGAAGAAGUUUUGUAAAUGUAAUGAAUGUGGGAAAGCCUUCAGUUACUAUUCAGAUCUUAUUCGACAUCAGAAAAUUCAUACUGAGGGAAAACGCUGUGAAUGCCAUGAAUGUGGAAAGGCUUUUAGUGACAGGUCAACAUUUAUUCAACAUCAGAGAAUUCACAGUGGAGAAAAGCCUUAUGAAUGCAAUGAAUGUGGGAAAGCAUUUAGCCAAAAGAAGCAUCUUAUUCAACAUCAGAGGAUUCAUACUGGAGAAAAACCUUAUGAAUGUAGCGAAUGUGAGAAAACAUUUAGCCAGAGGACCCAACUCAUUCAACAUCAGAAAACUCAUACUGGAGAGAAACCCUAUAAGUGUAAUGAAUGUGGAAAAUUCUUCAGUCGGAGCACACACCUUACUGAACAUCAGAAAACACAUACUGGAGAGAAACCCUAUAAAUGCAAUGAAUGUGGGAAGGCUUUCACUUAUCGCUCAACCUUUAUUCGGCAUCAUAUAAUUCAUACUGGCGAGAAACCCUAUAAAUGUAAUGAAUGUGGGAAAGCUUUUAGUUCCUGUUCAUACCUUAACCAGCAUCAGAAAACUCAUACUGGAGAGAAACCCUAUAAAUGUAAUGAAUGUGGGAAAGCUUUUAGUUACUGCUCAUCCCUUACUCAACAUCAGAGAAUUCAUACUGGAGAGAAACCCUAUGAAUGUAAUGAAUGUGGGAAAGCCUUUAGUUGUUGGUCCAACUUUAACCAACAUCAGAAAACUCAUACUGGAGAAAAACCCUACAAAUGUAAUGAAUGUGGAACAGCCUUCAGCCAAAGCACUCGUCUUACUCAACACCAGAGAAUUCAUACUGGAGAGAAACCAUAUGAAUGCAAUGAGUGUGGAAAAUCUUUCAGUCUAAGCACUCGCCUCGUUGAACAUCAGAAAACUCAUACUGGAGAGAAACCUUAUAAAUGUUAUGAUUGUGAGAAAGCUUUCAGUCGAAGCACUCACCUUACUGAACAUCAGAAAACUCAUACUGGAGAGAAACCCUACAGGUGUAAUGAAUGUGGAAAAGCUUUCACUUGUAGUUCAUCCCUGAUCAGACAUCAAAGAUUACACGUUUGA